CUUUCUCUUGCUCAGAGCUCGGCGUGAGCUGCUUACUAUAUUAAUACACUGCAGAUGAUUUUACAAGAGCUACAACGCAUACUGCUAUAUAUUUUACAUAUACAAGCUUACAAAUUGUGCUCUAUUGAAUGAAGAUUUGCAGGUGCCCUUUCUCACAUAGAGGCUACUUCUUCUGUGCCUCCAAGUUUUCACUCACGAAUUAAGAGAUGCUCCUGUAACAACUGGAUGGAUAAAGAGUGUGUAUAUUUUUGUCACCUAGAUAUUAUUUGGGUCAAUACAGGAGGGCAAACAAUCCCAUACGGCUUAGGAAAUCCUAGAAGAUGUAAGAGGAAAGCAUUAGCAAGAUGCGUGUGUGAGGAUAUAAAGGACAGGAUCUGUGACAGCUUCUGUUAUAAUGAAUCAUGGAACACUGUUGCCAAAAAACAAAAAGGCAAAGAAGGAAAAUUACCAACAAAUAACUUACAAAUCACAAAGAGAUCUAAAGUCCCUCUUUUGCUUUUACUGAGAGAAAUCGCUGCAUACAAGACUUCCAGCCGUCAAAGUUUAUCCACUACUACUUCCAAACUUCCUUCAUACUCAGUGUUUUGGAAAAGAAAGAGAUAAAAGGAAAGAAAAGGGUUGAUGCAGUAGAAAGAGAGAUGGAUGAGGAAAAAGAUGUCUUACAAGGCUCUAAGAGUUGUCCCGACAUCUUAUAAAACCUCAAAUCGCUCAGGGAGUCUUCACGUAGAAGACCAACUGUUCAGGCUGUUCAGCUAGUUAUGAAGAAUAAUGGAACUUUUGGCUGUAAAGUGGUAGGAAUGUGCAAACCUCUUCAUUGAUGGACUUGUCUAUGGGUAAAUGCACAUUCAGGUAUGAAAUUCUCCAGCAGGAGCUCAAAAAGAAAACUGUCACUGGACUUGGAGACAUUAUCUUUUUAUGGCUUUUUUUUGCCUGCAAGGUGUUCAUUAAAACAGGAACAGACUACAGUUAGCAUGUAGCUAAAGAUCAGAUAUUAAUAAUGGGACUGAUGAAGUGGCAUCAUUUUGUAAGGAGUAAAAUGGCUUCUGCACAUGAUUCUACUACAGGCAACACACAAGAUACUGAAAGGUUACUGUAAGGGUAAAAUACACUAAAAACACUGUACAAGGUUCAUGAAUGUUCAUGCUUCAGAAGAAUUGUUUUUCUAAAAGAUAAAAGUUCCAGUUUUUACCUACUAUAAAAAAACCUUGAGUUCUGCUUUAAGACUAUAACCAAAAUAAUGGAUUCCUUUUGGAGCAAACAUUUGUGUUGGGAACAGCAUUAUGUCCUCAAUAGUAAAUAAUGUGAAUAUAACACCAAACAUAAAAAUGUAUAUGAUACAGUAAUUCAACAUAUAAUCAAGCAGUAUGUUAAUGCCCCAACUGUACAUAGUGAUCUGUGCCACUCUAAAAUAUAUCAGUUGUAUGCUUCAAAAUUGUAUGCUCCACUUGUGAUUUCUCAAACAGGCCCGUGGUGCCCCAAUAACACACUAGGCUCACCAAAUGGAUAAGACCCCUUCUAUUACCAAAUUCGUCAAAUGUGCUCAUUAAGACCACAGGCUUCAAUGUUUAGAGCCAUCUUGUUACUCCUUCAUCUGGGAUACUUAUGUACCUUAUAAACCUGUUAGUAUGUCUCAGAACAUAAGCAUCUAAUGCAUAAAGGAGAGGGAGGGGGAGCUCACAUAGUGAAUUACUAUUUUAUUUUUAUUAUGUAUUAAAUGUAAGGGAUGUAAAAUUACAUCAAUAACCCUUAUAAAAACCAGACAUCAAAUAUGGCCACAGUGUGCUCCAAGUAGAGGAUAUGACACCACCUGGAAGUUCCUCCCUACGUGUUCCGUCAUCAACGUGCAACAUCUUCAUUAAGGUGUAAUAACUGUUACCUAAAGUCCUGUUGUUCUUUAGAGUUUUAAAUUUAGAAAGUAAACAUGUCAAUUAAUGCUUAAUUUCUAUUUUGAAAAGGUAAUUCAAGGAUGUAUUCUCCUUAAAAUUAAAUUUGGGGCAAGUAAGAGCUAUUUUACCUGCCUUAGGAUUUGUAUUUCUAUCCAUCCAGUCCUGAUAUUUACGUAGUUCUCUAACAUAGCACAGCUCUGUGUGGCAGGAGAAAAGACCUGUGUAGCACUUACCCCCAGAAGGGCUGCUGAGAAUAUGCCCAGGUUUUCCCAAAUAGUACAGAGGCUGACAGUCUUAUGCACACCAACAAUUAAGGCUCAGUCUAGGGGAAGUCUUUUUAUAAUUUUAUUGCUGAAGAACUUUAACAGGAGAGGGGUUUAGGGUCACAAGAUACUGCAAAAUGAUUAGUAACAACACUAGGAGGACAAACCUCUCUCUAAUCUUCCAAAAGCAGAUUUUCUAGAGGGAGCAGGGAUGGCCAGUGUAUAUAGGACCCCACCACAGCAGUCCAUAAAACCACUUCUGGCACAAAAUUUCCUUAUAGCACUCACAAAACAAUCAGUCACCAGCAAGGGAGAGUGAUCGUCCACAGAUAGAUCCUACGUGAGGGAGAUUAAGAUCCUAAGAUCUAGAUCCUUCUCUAGACCCAGGACCUCAGUGCAGUGCCCUCCAGCACAUGUAAUCCUCAGGCAAUCUUCUCCAGGCCCUUGGCCCAGCAGCUGCAGAGGCCUAAACUGCAGCUUGUUGUCUCAAUAACUCUCUCCUAUGACAAACCACCCCCACAGGAUUGAAGGUAUCAUCCCACCCAAAACACUUUGAAGCCUUCAAGCUCCAGCCCCCGAUCUGAGAUUAGAAAACCCAAAGAACGAUGACAAGCCAGUCUUCUCCACUCCGGAGCUUCGUGCUUUGCCUUACUGCAAAUUCUGUGUGUUAUCUGCCUAUUCUCACACAGUGGUAGAGCCUAGCCCUGUCACACCAGGUUCACAAAGCAAUGUAAAAGAGUCAUGGUCUUAGUAAACUUCACACUUUUAAUCAAAUUUGUCUCAGUUGUGUAACACAAACGCUAAGCUGUAGGGGUCAGAGGGCACAUUUUAGUUGCUUACUGUCUAACAGUUUAUACCUGCUUAACCUUUUGAACUAUGGGAUUGUUGAUAAGAUAUCUACAGUGAGGUGUAUGGAGAGACAUCUCCAUCUGUUCCUAAUAAUAAUGUAUGUAAUAGUAAUUAUCAGCAUGAAAAGCUAUCUAAUCUGUCUUGUAUUAGUUAACCAGACCAUGCUCCUGAUCCUGAAGGUGUGAAAAUUGAAGUAAACCAUAGACAAAUAUAGGAGCCACCAUUGUUGACCUGUUUCUAAAAAUGGCUUUUGUGCUAAACCUCCACAUGCAAUAGAGGUUACUGACCUUGAAUUAACAUGCUAAUCUGGAUAGUCAUAACUCCUGAUUUGCACACUUUGGGGUUUUUUGACGCAAUUUUUUAAGUCACAGGACCAGCUUGCCUUGUACACAGCUAGCAUAUUCAGAACAAGAGAUGACAGCAGUGUUUUCUUCUCCAUUUCAUGGUAGCUAGCAUAUUUCUUCCAUUUCAAAUUACAAGUGUAAGAACGAUGGACUUGUUUACUACAUAUAGGUACGUCUGUGUUGACUGUAAUAAAUAUACAAUAAAUAAAAAUUCUGUAAUUGU